UGGGAGAAAAUAUUGACGCGUAGAAUUUUUUUUUGUUACAUUGAAGGAUUAUCAUUUUUUUCUCUCAAUUUCGGAAAGAUUCUGUUGUAAAAAAAGUAUUAAAUUUCUAGUUUAAAAUUAGUGAAAAAUAGAUUUCCACAAUGGAUAUUCAUUCCAUUUGUCGUAUUUGUUUGGAAUAUUUGCAAAAUGGCAAUGCUUAUGAUUUGUUUUUAGUGCCUGGUUUGGCCAAAAAAUUGUGUAUGUGCACAUCGUUGUCGGUGGAACCACAGGAUGGGUUCCCAAAGAACAUUUGUGGGGUUUGCUACACCCGCCUCAGUGAUAUGGCCGACUUUCAGAAGUUGUGCGUUGAUUCGGUGCAGAAAUUCCAGGAAAUGAUGGCCAACAAUGCAAUUGUUUGUGCACCGACGUUUGAUAUUAUGGAGGCCCCCGCUACGGCACCUAUUGAGGGAGUUCAGAUGCCUGAAGAUGAAGAUGACCAUUUGAAUUUUGAUCCCUUGCUAACCAAUCACAAGAUGGAGAUGCUGGAGAAUGAGGAGGACGUCUUUAAGAUGCUGGAAACAGUCGAUAAAGAGGAAGUGGAAGAAAUUCCCACCAAGGUUGAGGAAGAAGAAAUUAGUGAUGACUCCAGUGAAGAAGAUCGGGACAGUGAUGAUGACUUUCAAUUUCCCGAAGGCGGGGAUAAUGACGAUGAGAGCGAAAGCGACGAUGACAAACCACUGGCCUCUAGAAUACGCAGCAUUAAGAAAGAAAUCAAAGAGGAGAAUGAUAAAUCGGAAUCAGAAUCUAAAGAUCCAAAAGUUAAACCGAAACGUAAGAGGAUACCUGCUGCUGAACGUCAUUUGCAUCGCAUUAUCGAAUGUCAUAUUUGUCAUCAGAAAUUCAAAAAGACUAAAAACUACGAGGAGCACAUGAAAUACCACAACGACAAGUUGCCCUUCCAAUGCGAAGUUGAGAACUGCAAACGAGGCUUCACCACCGCCUACGGUUUGCGUUUGCAUGUUGAGCAUUGCCACGACGAGACUGUUGAAAAGAUUCCUUGCACUCAGGAGGGCUGCGACAUGAUGUUUACCCGUCGCCGUAUACUCAACUGGCAUUUGAAGAGAGUGCACAAGCUGGCCAAGGAAGAUGUGCCGAAAUCGUAUCCUUGCAGUGAUUGUGAAAAGGUAUUCAAGUGUCCCAUGGCUUUGAAGAAACACAUGUUCAAGCACACUGGCCAGGAAUUACCCUUCCCUUGCAACAUAUGUGGCAAACGUUUUGUCAUUAACAGCGCUCUUAAGGAUCAUCUAAUGCGUCAUGCUGGUAUUAAGAACUAUGUAUGUCCCUACUGUGGUGUGGGCAAAACCACACGCCAAGAAUGGAACACACACAUUGCCACUCACAAUACCGAGAAGAAAUUCAAAUGCCACCUCUGCCCUCAUGCUUCACACAACAAGCAAAAUCUACGUAUGCACGUAAGAGUGGUACACGAGAAGAUCAAGGACUACGCUUGCCAAUAUUGUGGCAAACAAUUCGGCAAAUCAAAUGCCUGCAAAAUGCACGAGAUGACACAUACCGGCGAGAAGAGAUGCGAAUGUAAAGUAUGCGGUAAACGUUUCUUGUACCCGAAAGGUCUAACUAAGCACUUGAAGACCCACGAGAAGCGUGUACUAAGAGCUAUAGAGGUGUAUCGGAAGCGUCAAGUUGAGUUGGGAGAAGUGCCAGCAGAGGCCGCAGAAUCUGAUCAAUUGCCAGAUUUACCAAACCCGGAAAACACCCAGGAAUCACAUCAAAAGGUGGCAGAUGAGAUUCUCAAGGUUUGUGCUGAUUCCGUUAAUGCCAUACCCAAAGAUCCCAGACGCGUAGAGCGCGUGGAUAUUGCCGACUUAGCUGGUACUGCUGUCAAUCCCAUUCCGCAAGUAGCUCUGCCUUCCUGGUCGCCCCAGAUUAAUUUCAUGAUGAAAGAAGGCAAAUACACAUGUCCCGAUUGUGGUCAGGGCUUCAAUGGUUCUGGUAAUCUAAGACGCCAUCAUAAGAUUGUUCACCAGGGCGUCAAAGAUUUCGCCUGUAGAUUCUGUCACAAGCGUUUCGCCAAGGCUCAGACCCUUAAACAUCAUGAAAUGACACAUACCGGUGAAAAGCCACAUGCCUGUUCUCACUGUGAUAUGCGUUUCAUUCAAGUGGUGGCUCUCAAACGCCACAUGAAAGUUCACCAGGAAAGACCCACAUACAUACCUCAAGCUGCCUUCAAGGCCAAAGAAGAGUUGGUUAAACAGGAACGCAAAAAGUACGCCAUCAAACGUGAACAGGAGCAGGAGCGUGAAGCAAUAGCCGAAGAAGCUCGCAAACAAUUGGAGGAGCUUAAGAAACGAGAAGAAGACCUACAACGACGUCAGCGUGAGGCUUUAGAAAAUCUACCUAAAGCCAUACCAAAAGAACGUUUGCCGCCCGGGGCAGAUAUUUCCAUUGCCACCAAUGUUUUACCAAGUGAUUUAAAUAGUACUGCAAUAACAAACACAACUAACACUAGCACAGACACAACAGCAACUGCUAAUAACGAACCUUCAACUUCGGAAAGUGCUCUCAAGAUGGAAUCACAAGAACACGAAGAUAUUUCAUACCCACAAGUUAUGGGCAACUAUUAAAGUAAUUUGUAGAGCAAAUAAAAGCAAAACAACAAAACAAAACUACUUACUAACUGUACACGUUUAUAAACGUGUCCUAUACAUACGAUACUAUUGCAAGACAUGAAUGAUGGAAGAACAGGCCGGGCUGUACGUUAAUGAUAACGACAUAUAAAGCUCAUGAUAUAUAGAAAGGAUUUUAAAGCUUAUAAAUGCAUUUUAGUAAUUUUCAAAAC